AUGUCUGCCCUAGUCUGUGGGAAGAGGUCUUCUUCCGUCUUCGAGGAGCUUCUCCACACCCCUCCCCCCGCCUCCAAGAGGGCCCGCUGCUCCGCCGGCGCCUCCUCUCCCACCGCCGUCCUUCUCUCCCCGGCCCGGCCCUCCUCCGCCUCCACCUCCCCGGCGUUCGAUCGGAACGACGACGAGAACAACAACAGCGGCGGCAGCGGUAAUCACUAUUCGCCUCAUCUUGCCCACCUGCGGUCCCUCUUCCCCGACAUGGACCCACAGUUUCUUGGAAGGGCACUUGAAGCAUCUGGAAAUGAUCUGGCUUCUGCCAUAAAGAGUUUAAAUGAUCUCCAUCUGGAGUCAGCAGAUAUCAACUUUGAUUCUGCUGGGAGCAAACCUGAAAGUGGAAUGGAAACAAAUGUUCAUGUUUUAACUGAAGGUAUCGUGAACAACAAUGGUGCAGAAGAGGCUGCUGAAAAUCCGCAUGGUGCAGCGUGUCUUCCAACCGAAGGCUCCGAAUGGGUUGAGCUGUUUGUGAGAGAAAUGAUGAAUGCCGCUGACAUGGAUGAUGCAAGGACUCGUGCCUCCAGAGUGCUGGAGGUUCUGGAGAAGUCCAUUGUCACUUGUGCUAAUGCUGAAGCAAUGCAAAACUUUCACAAGGAAAAUGUGAUGCUGAAGGAACAAGUUGAAGUCCUGCUAAGGGAGAACGCUGUUCUGAAGCGAGCUGUGGCAAUUCAGCAUGAACGUCAGAAAGAGUACGAUGAGAGAAGCCAAGAGCUGCAGCGUCUGAAACAGCUGGUGUCCCAGUAUCAAGAGCAAUUGAGAACGCUGGAGGUCAAUAACUAUGCACUUACAAUGCACCUCAGACAGGCUCAGCAAAGCAGCUCUAUUCCAGGACACUUCCAUCCUGAUGUCUUUUAAGAUGGAUGAGCUGCCUGCCCUUUCCCAGUUUAUCGUAUGUCUGCUUACUGUUCUGUCAAAAAUAAGUUGCUAUCUUUGUGUGCAAGUAUAUCAACAUACAUACAACCUAUAUAUCAACAUAUUUAGAACCUUCUGUCUUUUUUUUUUUUGUUGAAUGCAAUAAAAAGAUAUUGAACUGUCAUUAUAA